UGAAUUAGGCUAAAUAUAUUUGCUCAAGUGAAACUUUUACAGACCUCAAGAGGCCACAUUCUAAUCCGGUGGACUUUACCCCAUCAUCAAGCUUUGUGUGAACGAAUGAAUAGACUCAGGCACUUGUUGAUUACUUUAUGGGAGUUAGGUAAUAAAGAAUUAGUUAAACAGUAAAUUCUGUUUUCUGCCUAAAUCCAUCUGUGAUUGCAUAGCACACGGUAGUGUAUACAAGAGAGAGUGAAGAAUAGCUUCCAGGAUUGGAGAUAACGUCUGGUCAAUUUAUAAUUCCGACAUGAGGGUGUGCAUCAUUGGAGCGGGGGUCAUCGGCCUCUCCACCGCUCAGAGCAUCUACCAGCACUUUCACAGCAGGAUCAGCCCCCUCACCAUAGAGGUGUAUGCUGAUGUCUUCACUCCACUCACCACCAGCGACGGGGCAGCUGGACUCUGGCAGCCGUAUCUCUACGACAAGGGCAACGUGCAAGAAACUAAGUGGAACAAAGAGACGUUUGACUAUCUACAAAGUUGCCUCAGCUCGCCAGAUUCAGUGAAAAUGGGAAUCUUCCUUCAGUCUGGCUACAAUCUGUGCUCUGAAACUGCACCAGACCCCUCAUUUAAAGAUGCGGUGUUGGGUUUUCGCCAGCUGACUAAACGUGAACUAGACAUGUUCCCGGGAUACAGUUUUUAUGGACAUAAGACUUAA